GCGGCCGGCGGGGACGCAUUGAUCCAGGCUGCACUCUAUCGGUUGUGUUUUUACUGCAGCGCAGGGAUCUUACCUCUUUCCCCGCCAUCUCCGCUAAAACCAUGGCCAAGGAAGAGAACAAGGGCAGCGAGCAGUCCGGCUCCGACUGGAAGCAGUUCAUCUACAACCCGCAGAAAGGAGAGUUCAUGGGCCGCACGGCUAGUAGUUGGGCCCUGAUCUUGCUAUUCUACUUGGUGUUUUAUGGAUUCCUCGCUGGGCUCUUUACCCUCACCAUGUGGGUCAUGCUUCAGACACUGGAUGAUUCUGUCCCCAAAUACAGAGACAGAGUUUCUUCUCCAGGUUUAAUGAUUUCUCCUAAAUCUGCUGGUCUUGAGAUUAAAUUCACCCAGAAUAAGCCUCAAUCUUACAUGGAAUAUGUGCAGGUUCUUAAUACAUUCCUUGCACCAUACAAUGAUUCCCUACAGGCCAAAAAUGAGCUUUGUGCCCCAGGCCUGUAUUUCGAUCAGGACAGAGAAGGUGAAAAGAAGUCGUGCCAGUUCAACAGGACAUCACUGGGAAUUUGCUCUGGGAUAGAAGAUCCCAUGUUUGGAUACGGCGAAGGCAAACCCUGUGUUAUUGUCAAAAUUAACAGGAUUAUUGGGUUGAAGCCAGAAGGAAACCCUAAGAUAAACUGUACUUCUAAGACAGACGAUGUGAGCCUGCAGUAUUUUCCUGAAAACGGGAAGAUAGACUUGAUGUACUUCCCUUAUUAUGGGAAGAAAACCCAUGUAAAUUAUGUUCAGCCUUUAGUCGCCGUCAAAAUCUCUCCAUCUAACUUCACCUCAGAGGAGAUUUCGGUCGAGUGCAAGAUCCACGGAUCCCGCAACCUUAAGAACGAGGACGAGAGAGAUAAGUUCCUGGGGCGAGUGACAUUCAAAGUGAAGAUCAGCGAGUAAAGGGAACACGAGCAGAUUUGUGGCCAGUUGUGUCAUUAUUAUUAUUAUUAUUUUUUUUUUUUUUAAUUCUAUUUUUUUAUCGGCCUGACCUGCUAUUCUCAGACCUGGAACCAUCUAGGAGGAUGAUCAAUUGGCACAUGAUUCAGGGUAGCAUAAUAGCAAUGUGCUUCCAGACGUGAUGUUUUAACCUCUUCCGUGCUGAACACGGGUAUUCCCUUGCUGCUCCAGCUCAGAAGAGGUUACAGCCCCUGCCCAAUGAGGCGCCAGUUUACAAUAAAAGAAAAAUAUAUAAUGGCCAUUUCAUAUUAGGGGACUUGUAUAUAGCUGUUUCCGAACAUAAUACUGGUGGUGUUCGUCCAAUUUUUGAUGUGGUUUUAUUCCAUUCCCCCCCCCUAUCCCUCGCCCCCCAAUGUAAAUGUGUUACAAGCUUAAUGUGUUGUGCUAUGUAAAUAUUUAAUUGAUUUAACACUGGUUUAACUGUCAUAUCUCAAAAUGCCUACACAGUUUUAGGGAACAAAAUGACACAAGUAAAUGGUACCUGACCAACCUGUACAAACAGUGAUAAAAACAAACACAAAAAAUUAAAAAAAAAAAA